AUGAAGCUACCACCAGGUUACCUUGGAAAGGGAUUCAGAUUUGGAGCAGAGUUUCAUGGGAAAGAUGAAACUCAGAAUGGUAAUAGAGUGUGCAAAUUGAACAAAUCACUCUAUGGACUUAAGCAGGCCCCUAGGCAAUGGUAUGCCAAACUUAGCUCUGCUCUCAUCAAUUAUGGAUACAGGCAGUCAAAAACAGAUCACACUCUCUUCACUCAUCAGAGUACAAAAGGGUUUGUAGCAAUCCUAGUAUAUGUGGAUGAUCUUAUAGUUACUAGGAGUAAUUUGGAGUUAAUUGUUGAGGAAAAGAAGUAUCUUGACACUCAAUUCCAUAUGAAAGAUAUGGGAGAAUUGAGGUAUUUCCUGGGAAUAGAAGUUGACAGAACUAAAAGAGGAAUAUUCUUGUCUCAAAAGAAAUAUGUCAAAGACAUACUCAAUGAGUACAACCUAAGUGACUGCAAACCUCUUAGGCUCCCUAUGGACUGUCAUGUGAAGCUAACCCACUCAACUAGAAUUCCCUUAGAGCAUCCAGAAGUGUAUCAGAGACUGGUGGGCAAACUCAUUUACCUCACUAUAACAAGGCCAGACAUUGCUUUUACAGUGCAUAACCUGAGCCAAUUUAUGCACUCUCCUACCUCUGCUCACUUUCAAGCUGCAAAGAGAGUACUAAGAUACCUCUCUGGCUCUAGUGAUCAAGGAAUUUUACUUUCUUCUGAUAAAGGUGCAGAACUAAAGGCAUACUGUGACAGUGAUUGGGGAGGAUGUCCAAUUACCAGGAGGUCUACCUCAGGCUUCUGUAUUCUCUUAGAAGCAGAAUACAAGUCAAUGGCAUUGACUAUAUGUGAAGUGUUGUGGAUAAAACAACUAUUCAAGGAUCUUGGUAUACAGGUGGGAGAAGGAAUUCCUAUUUACUGUGAUAACCAAGCUGCAUUGUCUAUUGCUGCCAAUCCAGUCCAAUAUGAGAGAACUAAACAUAUUGAGAUUGACUGUCACUUCAUUCGAGAGAAGGUGAAGGAUGGGUCUGUCAGGCCAACUUAUGUUCCAGGGAAGGAUCAAAUUGUUGAUAUUUUCACCAAGGUUUUACCUGUGGCUCAACAACAACUACUAAGCAAGCUGGGAGUUCAAUCCCUUUCCUCUUCGCUUGAGGGGGAGUAUUGA